GCUUGAACUUGCGAGAAAUCUGGAAUCACUGGAUGCUGAACACUUCCCAUUGAACGCUCUUCAUGCAACCUCAACUUUCGAACGUAUUCUUCAGAGGCAGGUAGCUGAGACGAUCACAGGAACGCGUCAGGCAGAGCUGGCGUAUGUUGGAUGCACGCUCCGAUCUGAUGCCCACGGAAAGCAGCUGAGAUUAACGGAACUCGAUAAAUAUAGUGUCAAUCUCAAGAUGAUCGAGAGGCUAAAGACUGUAUAUAACUGCCCUCUUAGUUACAAUAGCUACGUGGGUUUGAAUUCGGAGCAAAUAUGUCAUCAAAUCUUGCAACAGUCAGUCCAAAAUCCGAACUUGAUGAAGAAGAAUGUGGAAAGAUACGCACGUCAGUUCAUGGCUGAGCACAAUCUGGAACCGGAUGAGACCCUUUACCGCUACAUCGAGGCGGUAUCGUCGCGGUCACGAGGUAUGGUCGGAAUUACGAGCGCAUGGCAUGAUCAGUGCCUUAUGAUAUCAGAGACGAUUGAUAAUCUUUCGAUAAGGUCUAAAGCAGUCUGCAUGGUAGCUAAAGGAUCCCAUCCUCCAUGGAACAGACGUCUGUCAGAGGCUGUGCAAUCGGUGCUGAAGAAUCCACAAGUUGAUCAAGACAUCAAAAAAUCCUUGGAAAGCAUAUGCCGUUGUGCGGAUCUUGGUCAGAUGCUGAUGUCAUACUCUACUUCCAUAGGAAUGCUGGACUCUAUUCUAGCAACUGAGUACAAUCUAAUCAAGUUCAUUCGUUUCAUGUUCACCCACGACAGAUAUAACAUUGCUCAACGUCUUGCGGAUGCUGUAAAGGUGGUUGGCAUUUACUGCGAACUGAACGAGAGACAUUCACCUCUAGUGUCCCUUAAACGUAUCUAUGCUUUAUACGCUGAACAUCUUCAACGAAGCAAUUCACAGGAGUUGACAGUGCUGCAGUUCUUGGAUGAGCUGCGUGCAGAUAAAGGUGAUCAGUUCCUGAGUGAUGUAGCUUCCCAUCUUGUAGACGGCUGGAUCAAAGAAAUUGACAGUGCUGUCACUAUAUGGACGGAGGACCGCUACAAUAUGUAUGUCACCACCCCGCAACUUGACAUGAAGGAAUGGCGAGAAGCAACUCUGAAGAACUUUAUCGAACGUGAAGAACGUUCACUGCUAGACGAGUUGACAGUGCUGCAGUUCUUGGAUGAGCUGCGUGCAGAUAAAGGUGAUCAGUUCCUGAGUGAUGUAGCUUCCCAUCUUGUAGACGGCUGGAUCAAAGAAAUUGACAGUGCUGUCACUAUAUGGACGGAGGUGUCUGUUGCUCAACGCAAACGACUCGUAGCAUCUGCUAGUAGUGUGAUUUUGCGCUUCUUGAACAAGGACCCUCAUUACAUGGAACUCUACCAGCAGCUGAGCUCGAUCGAGAUUCUACAGGACCGCUACAAUAUGUAUGUCACCACCCCGCAACUUGACAUGAAGGAAUGGCGAGAAGCAACUCUGAAGAACUUUAUCGAACGUGAAGAACGUUCACUGCUAGACGUGUUCGCCUUUUCAAGAACUCUCGGAAUGUCAAGAGAUGAAGCCAGCAGAUUAGCUAUCAAAUUGGCAAUUGAUUCUGGGAAUACUAUGGGAGCUCUUACUAUCAUAAGGUCAGUUUGGAACUAUUUUUUCCUGAGUUUCGGGAUGCUCUUCGGAAAUGUUCCGAACGCCUCUCCUGAAGUGGCAGAAGCAUGCGUUCAUGGAUGUGAAUUUGUACUCUGGCGUCUGCAGGAAGUUAUUGGGAACCCUGAUUCACCAGCUGAUGCAGAGAUUGUGGAACAGUCUAUCGACUCCAUUGUUAUUUUGUCGAGGGUUCUUCGAAUUCUCGAACCGAUCACCACACAUUCGUUGUAUUUACAAGAAGCAGUUGCCAGAGUAAGUACCACCAAUUUGUUGGCACUAAACAACCCGUGGAAUCGAAAAUUUCAAGAAUUUUUGCUGCUAUAA